AUGGCUCAGCUCGGCAUCCGGAUGGAGUACAUGGAGCCAGAGGGCUUGGAGGAUGAGGGAACUUCACCUGACAAGCUGGGUGACAUAGUCAAGAAGCUGGAAGAAUGGAAGGGUUUCAGCCUGGCGUUGGCAGCAGUGGGCCGGGAGAAGAGGCUCGAGAUCCACGACGCCGCCCACGGCGGCCUGCUGGCCUGGACCCCCCUGCAAAACAGCGUGUCGGACGACCUCCUAGAAGUGCCCAUGGGGGACAUCCAGGUAUACAGAGUCUUUGCCCGAGCUUGCGACCCAGUUACCGGCGCACCUCCUCACACUACCCCUCAAGGCAACACGAGAGGGAAGAAUAGGACUCAGACAGAAGGUGACGACGACGCAGACGACAAGUGGGCGAAGGACAGCAAAGCGACGGCCCCACCAGAGAACACGUCAAAGACCACCUCGUCGCAGAUUCCCCCGAAAAAGGUCAAACCUUCUCAAGACGAAGAAGAGGACAUCCCGGGGGCGCCUUUAGACAAGUCACCAACCACGGCGGCCCAAGGAGUCGAACCCAAGUCAAGUGGCAAGCCAGAGGGGACCGAGCACUCGGGAUAUGUUUAUUCAGCGCCUCUGUGUGGACUGUUUACCUAUCCGCCAGAGCUUAUUGAUGAGCUCGCAGCCUUCGCCUCGAGACAUCACUUGGACCUACUACCAAUCAAUGAGAUGAUCCUGGCCACACACUUGUGGAUGGACAUCCAAGCUUCGCCAAACCUUGCCCUAGAGACAUUCGCUGAAACAGGACAGUCCCCUGCACCUGUCCCCAACAUCUCACUGGCCUGCAUGAUUCUUCUUUACGGCCACUGGCUGAAAUGGACGCACUUGAUGCAGCUGGACGAGCAUCCCCAUCCUUUCCGAUGGAUGCAGAAGGCUUUCCUUGCAGAUUUUUGGGAGGAGCAGCUCGGUCCUGCCGACCUGGACCAGGAGAAAAUCAAGGCCCUGAUGGAGGGCGUGGGCACGACCGUCCCGGCAAUGGACAUGAGUUACAGGGUUCGCAUAUUUCCUUGCUGUAUGCCGGGAGCGAGCAGCGGCCACUUGCACAAUUUGGCGGGAGAUGAGGGACCUUCGAGAACAGCUCUUGCACUCACAGGCUUGCCAGAUGUCAACCUUAUGGGUCUCCAGUCAUAUGAGCUCCCGACACAAUGGAUUGCGAACCACCAACUGAAGACGGUCUUGUGGCCUCGAUCUCUCGACAACCUCAUCCCCAGCUCACCUCGCUUCGAGUACCCGGAGGAGCAGGCUCCGAAGACCGGGAAACCCAAGACAAUGGCCCCAACAUGGUCUUCGGUUACAGGCGCGAGAGGCUGCUGGGGAUUUGCCCCAAUGCCUUUUCCCACUGUACCUCCAAUCCCCGGUCCCGUGAUUGUCAAGGGGAAGAAAGUGAUGGCACCCGCCGAUUACCGAGAAUUCCUACGCCAGACACGAAUCCAUUACUUCAAGGCCGCUUGCUUCAUACAUGCUCGCGGCCCUUGCGAUUUGACGGUCGACCUAUACGGACGCUUGACCCCAGUUGGGAUGCUACCAUUGACGGCGGCCGACAUGUCUAUGUCAGUGCCCAGAACCUUUUGCUUUUCCAAUUUCGCAGGAUGCCGUUAUCUCGGACCUCUCAGAGCGAUGGAGGGUCUUUGGGGGGAAUGGAUUAAAGAGGAACAGAAGAAGAUACAAUGGAAGAGUCCGGCAGGAAGGGUGGACUCGGAAGCCUAUGAUGAGUUGCUGACACUCUGGACCGCCAUCCCGCAGGUUUGUCACUCCUUGUGGUACACGGGCCUCGAGCAGUUGAAAUUCGCCAAGAGAGAGGGCGCAACCACGGAGGCCCUAUUGGUCUUCCUGGGCCAAUGCUUGUACUGGGAUGCGCGAGACAGGGCCUGCAUCGCUUAUAUGGGGACAAGAGUCAUGAACGGUUCCAUCCCAAGUGGCAAUGAAUUGUCCUACAAACUUCCCACGGCCCUGGGAAGAUGUCUGGGAAUUGAUACGGGGCUGCUGCCCAAGGAUACUCCAAAUCUCUGGAACGAGAAAUAUGUCCCUCUCGCAGGAGAUAAGCUUGCCGGAGUGGCCCUGGAUAUCUCAAAGCUGCUUGACCAUCUCCAAGAGUUCCAAGGCAUGGAUUUGGCUACUUGGCCUGCGCGAUCGAGGGAAGCUGCAAUUUUGGAAAUGCGGGACUUGUGGCAGAAGGUCUCUAGAGGCAUGAAGAAAGUGGGAGCCGGUCAGGACGAAUGGCUUAAGGAGUGGAAAAGCCUGGCGAACCAGUAUGGCAGAUGA